UUCUCACCAUCAAUGGACAACAGCAUUUUAGUGUUCAUAGAUGUGAGAAUGAGCAGUAGAAAAUAGACAAUGAUGAGAUGUUGGAACAGCACACGGGCAAAGCUGUCAACACUGACUGCAAUCACAGCUCACCGGAGAUUGUGAUGGUGGUGGCCAUGCAUUCGCUUGUCCAACAUUUAGAUUGUGACAUCAAAGCCUACGAUUUCCCUUCUCUCAAUCACGAGCGGAUUUAGCAAGAGUUGAACAUAUCAUGUACGCAGACAGGUAAGUGAAUCUGGAUUCGAUGCUGUUAGCCUCCUAUAUAUGAUUACAUGUCUGCAGACACCAACAGAGAAAAGGUGGGAGAGGAGCAGACUUUUCCUGUUUUUGGUCGCGAGAGAGAGAGAGAAGAAGAAGAAGAAGAAGAAGAAAGGCAAGAUGAUUCCUUCAGGAAUUGCAGCAGCAUCUUCUUCCUCUGCCUCCUUCUACGACGUCUGCAGCUACGCAGCUGGAAUUGCCGGCAAUGUUUUCGCCUUCGUCUUGUUUGUGUCGCCAAUGCCGACCUUCAAAAGAAUCGUCCAAAACAAGUCCACCGAGGAGUUCUCAGGCCUGCCUUACAUAUAUUCCCUCUUGAACUGCUUGAUCUGCAUGUGGUAUGGCCUUCCUUGUGUCUCCUACGGGGUGAUCCUGGUUGCCACAGUCAAUUCGGUCGGUGCCGCCUUCCAAUUAGUCUAUGUCAUCCUCUUCAUUCGCUAUGCGAAUUCUGCAAGAAAGUUGAGGAUGUCGGCGCUGCUGGCAGGAGUUGCCUGUGUUUUUGCUGCCAUUGUAUUUGUCAGCCUUGAGUUCUUCGAUCACACGAAGAGGCAAACAUUUGUUGGAUACUUGAGUGUUGCGUCGCUUAUCUCCAUGUUUGCUUCUCCAUUGUCUAUCAUUAGUCUUGUGAUCAGGACUAAGAGUGUGGAGUUCAUGCCUUUCUACCUGUCCCUCGCCACCUUCUUGAUGAGCAUCUCCUUCUUUGCAUAUGGGAUGCUGUUGCAUGACUUCUUCAUAUAUCUCCCAAAUGGAAUUGGAACUGUUCUUGCAGUCAUACAACUGGUGCUGUAUGCCUACUACAGCAUUAACUCAAGAGAAGACUCUUUUAACAUGCCAUUGCUGGUUUCAUAGUGAUGUUCUAGUUUGACAAGGUGAUCAACACUUUUAGAAGCUGGAAGAAGAGGAAGUUUUCAAAUCAAGCGACAUCGGAGAUAGUUCAUUUUUUGUUAAUAGAUGUUUGGUCACAAAUUUAUUCAUUUUACUGACAAUGAUGAGACCUAAAAAGAAUGUUAUUUUAGUGAUCAC